CAAUUUUGUAUUACGUAAAUAGUUCCAACUUUAAAAUAGUAACAAAAAUAAAGGAAAUAUACGUUUUUAUAAAACUUUGCAGUGGAACAAUAAGAACAAGAUGAGUAAGACGGAUAAAUUUUCGUCAGACUACUCAGGUGGUGGUUAUCUGGGAUACAACUUCAAAGCAACGCGUUUUCUUGAGUCAGGUUCGGGCGGAUUUCGUAAACAGAACAGAGGAGUAUUGACAGAUGAUUGUCAAAAAUAUUAUGGAGUUGUUCGUACUCAGAACGAACAGCAUAAUGGCAAGGUGAUGGAAGAUAUGUGUGAAAAAGCUAUCAAUUUGUACAAUGAACUAAUGGAAGAUGGGUUGAAAGUGCGUUACCGAGACGAUGGAACGAUGGACGAGAAAGAAGUUCAAUCUUUACAUGAAAGUGCCCAACAAAAAGCAAUGGAGAAAUUUCAAACUAUUGCUAAAAUUGGACCAGAGCAACUAUGGAAAGAUUACCGAGAUCGUAUUCUGGAAAAGUGUAAAAUGAGGUUGGAUGUAGUCAACGCUGAAAAUGAAGAGAGAAAUAAACAGCUUAUUCAAAAAGCAAAGGAAAAAUCUUUCAUCAAAUACAAGGCAUACGUGGACGCAAUAAUUAAGGUACGUCGAGAGAUUGGGGAAUCGGUUGCCGAGCAUGAAUUGAAGCGGGUCCACGAGGAAGCUAUGCGAGCUGCUAUGGGAACCUUCGACGCUGCGUCGUUAAUCGGACUCAACAAUGCUCCUGUUAAUAAUAAAGAACAGGAUUCUAGAGCUAUUGAAUGGUGGAAUUGAAGCGAAACGAUUAGCAUUUGGUACAGCAUGGUUAUUAAUAAUAAUAACAAUGACUGAAUUCUCGACCUUUGUCCCUGACGUGCUCAACUUUACAAUCGUUAAUGAAUUAUUUCAAGCGGAAUUAUCCAAUGUGCCUCUAACCCUGACAUGGGCCAAAUCCGGCCCGUUUGGUAAUUCAAUUUGGCCCGCCUAAUGCCGCCACAACCAAAUUUAGAUGUUUUAGCAAAAAAUUAGACCAAAGAAUUUGUUAAGAUUGCGAUUAAUUUUAGU